GUUGUCAAGACGACUACGCAACAAGUGAACUGCGGUACACCCACCACAUGGUGCUGUUCCACGCCUUCAACAAUUGUCAAAUACCGACAAACGCAAACGCUUGCCUUAAGUGUCUUCAAAUGAAAAAAAAUUGUCUUUUACGCAAAACUAGCCAUUGACUAUUUUCAAAAAAAAAUGUGUUUUUGACUUUAUUAGAGUAACAAGUUGUCGUUUUAGGGGAUGCUCAUUGGUUCGGUUAUUUAGUGACAAUUUGUGCAACAUUUUGAAAAUUUGAAAUAAAAUCGUGUUUAUUGUUACGCACGAAUGGUCAAGACAAACAUACUUCAACGCAAAUUGAAUGUGAUUAGUUGAUUUGUAUUCAAGUGCAUCUGUGUGUAUUUAUUCAUCACUAUCAGCGGUGAUUUUGAAUUUGUGCCUGAAAGCGGUGAUUUCGGAAUUGAAUAAAUUCAAGGCGACUGAGUUAAAGAGCAAGGUUGGUGCUUAUGGAACUCUCGGAGCGCCGAGGGUGUGUGUUCUAGUGCGCCCUUCGGGGCUAUGGAUACGGGGGCUUGUUGUGUGGCCCCCUCGGCGACGCCCCGAUCCGACGACCAGAUCGUCCCGGCACAUCCAGGAGACUGCUGGAACCCCCACCAGAGCAACCACUCGCAGCCCUUCCUCGACGCUUGGCUCCUUCAAAUGCAGACUAGUGACUUGGACACAUUCCUGUGCAAGCAGGAGUGGGAACGUCGUCUGGAAGAAGAACUAGAAAAACCUCGACGAGACUCAGCAUCUCAAAUCGAUGAUUUUUUCGAACCUACCCACAAUCGUCAUCAACCCACAAUGAGUUACGUUUCGAUGCGAACUCUCCCUGGAACUGACGAUGACGUUUUUCUUCGGCCACCUCUUUGGGAAGACAUAGCCAGUAGCAUACAAAACAUAGACCCAGAAAAUGCCAAUAUGUUAGGAGUAAGCCCAAGUCACGUGAAAUUAGAAGCCGUCGAUGAAUUAACUGCCAGUUGUCCUCCAACGCCGUCCCCCCUUCUCUCCCCCUUAGAAAUCAAAACAGAAAAGGUGUUGCAACAGUCCACUCCCACCCUCCAUCUGAUGGGCACCCCCACGAGCCCUUACAACCAAGCGCAGCCCACUAGUCCGCAACAAACUCCCCAUUACCACCAGCAGACGUUGCACCACAACAACAAUAACAAUAACAACAAUAACAAUAACACCCACUCGCAGUAUAAAUACAACAAUGCAGUGGCGCCGAGUCCCGCCCCUGGCAAUGCUCUCUACCCCCCCAUAUCUAGGUUAAUGUAUGUGUCGCCGUUGACACCCCCCAGUUCAGAACCGGGUUCUCCUGGGGGAACGCUGCCACGGCGUACACCACCACCCCCAUAUCCUGCCCCUGGAUGCCAACAGCAGACACCACAGCCUACCAUCAACCGAAUUACUUCUUCCACUGCGAAAUACAACAGGAGGAACAAUCCCGAACUGGAGAAAAGACGGAUACACCAUUGCGAUUUCUUAGGUUGUACAAAAGUCUACACAAAGAGCUCACAUCUGAAAGCACAUCAAAGGAUUCACACAGGAGAAAAACCGUACCAGUGUCAGUGGCCUGAAUGUGAAUGGCGAUUCGCCAGAUCGGAUGAACUUACAAGACAUUAUCGAAAGCACACAGGAGCAAAACCAUUUAAAUGUGCGGUUUGUGAAAGAUCGUUUGCUCGAUCGGAUCAUCUUGCCUUACACAUGAAACGACACCUUCCUAAAACAUCAAAGUAAUAUCUGAUAUUUAUAAUAUUUUAUACAAACUUUAAUUUAUCAUCACAUUCCUCUCUACUAUUCUCUUAAGGAACGAUCUCAAAUGCUUAGGGCCAAUUUCAUAACCUUUAAUUCGAUUAUGAAAUGGGCCGGUAGAAAAACGUACAUUUUGUUAAAUUUUCCAAUACCUCAUGUUCACCGUCAUGCCUUUUGUGAAUUUAGAGGCCUUCCCCAGUGUACUUAAGUGUAAUGCAAAAUUUGUGAUUUUUAACUUAACACUUCUCCAUCCACGCUUGACGUCGUACUAUAGGUGACUGUAAUAAAAGUUUCAUUUAAACUAUUUGGUUGUGAAAUAAUUAUUGUUAUUUAUAAUAUUGUUUAUGAGCACUACUAACAAUUGUUAGGUAAAUUUUCUUUAACAUUGCCAUCUGUUUUACCCAGUGUUGUGAUUUUGUUCGAAUAUGUCGUAUACACUAUUCAGUAUAUGAAGUUACCAAAUAUGUACGCUGAAUUAUGUUGUACAUAAAAAUAAAGCAAAACUGACUAGAAACUAGUCAAGUAAUUCCAAUAUUUGUAAGUAGGUUGUAAUUAUUAUAUUGCAUAUUUAGCGUAUUUAUAAGUAUUAUAGAUGAAACACAAAUUUUAUUAACAUUACUUUGUACUUCAUGUUAUUUAUAUGAAUAGAGCAAACUAGAGUACACAAUAGUUUAGGUAGAAAUUGUUUUCAUUUUUUAAUUUUGUAUAAUUUACUUUUAAUACAAGUUUAUUUUUA